AAAUUCCCUCGAAAGCUUUUUUCUUUCCCAGGAAACAUUUGCAGAAAGCCCACAAACUCUGAUCAAUCUUGGGAGAGAGAUGCAGGAAGUUACAGCAAUCGCUUCAAUUCUUCUCUUGGUAUCUCUUUUCCAUCAAGAAAUAUCCCAUGCUUCUUCAGCUUCACCUCUUACAGGGCGAAACCAGGGUUUUGAAGGAUCUGCAGCUACAAGAACUCUUAAGCAAGAGCAAGAACAAGAGCAAGCUCAUGAGGUACAUUGUUCUAGAGAAAGGAGUAAGGCAGCUUGGGAAGUAAUCGAGGAGUAUUUGAUGCCGUUUGUGGAACGAGAAGACUAUAAGAUUUCAAGUAGGUGUAGACUUCAUCCUGACAAUGAUCUGUUCAGGGAUCAGGAGCAGCACAAGAUUCACCUGGAUGUAAACGAAUGGCGGUGUGGAUACUGUAAGAAAAGCUUCCGUGCUGAAAAAUUUCUUGAUCAGCAUUUUGACAACAGACACUACAAUCUACUGAAUGUUAGUCGCAGCAAGUGCUUGGCUGAUUUAUGUGGAGCAUUGCAUUGUGACAUCAUGAUGAAUACCAAGUCACCCAAAACCAAGUGCAAUCCUGCUGCUGCUGCAAGAAAUCGUCACUUAUGUGAGAGUCUUGCAGAUAGUUGUUUUCCUGUUAACCACGGUCCCUCAGCUGGCAUUCUUCAUGAUUUUUUUUUGCGCCAAUUUUGUGAUGCUCACACCUGCUCAGGAAAACGAAAACCUUUUUCUAAGGGAGGCAAGAAGCAAACAAGUGUAUUCUACCUGGCUAUUUCAAUACUGACUUUGAUGCUGCUCCCUAUUUUUUAUCUACUUGUUUAUUUGCACCAAAGUGAAAUUAGGAAGAAAACGCAAGAGCUUAAGCGCAUCCCAAAAGUUGGAGGGAAAACAAAACCCUCGUAGCUGCUUAGGCUGUUGCAAUCAUCAAGUAAUUAAGGUGAACAUGCAGGAUAAUCGCGAGAUGUAUUGUAUGUUUCAACUCUCUCGCCCGAUUGAUUUCUUUGUAAAUCUGUAUCUUGUCACGAAAAGCAUACGGAACGGCAGGACUGACAUUGGAUAUGUUUGAAGGAACCUGCAAGCCAACCUUGCUAGGGUUCCAUUUGCUGGUGUAAACUUUUCUUUCCCCAAUAAGGAUCCAAUUGUUGAUGGAACAGCAAAGAUAUAUGAGAUUUUUUGUUUUAUCCUUUUUUUU